UCUUGUUUCCUCUUUCUUGUUUUCCUUUUUUCUCUUUUCUUUUUUUUAUUGUCCUGCCCACACACCCGCCGUAGUCCAUUCACGCUGCUUGUUAGUCUACCACACAUACAACACACACACACACACACACUUGCAUUUCUUCUUUUCUUUUCUUCCACACUUACAUUCACAGGCUAGCAACUCUGCUUCUAUUGUUGUUCUUUUGACCCCAAGUUAUGCGAGAACCAAAUAUAUCGUACAUGUCCCACAGCCGACCCGCUGUCUGCAUUACUUCGGGUGUUUACGACAGGCGUGCGCUUGAUUGCACAGCCACAGUCCCACUAAUUAAUUCACUGACGCAUCUCGCCUAUCUCACAUCGACUUCGCCGCGCAUCAGAGAAAUCCUGGUGACUGACGGCGGAUUAGAAAGACUUGUGCGGAUUCUAUCGACUUUUGACCUUCCGAACGAUCGGCGUCAUCUGUGGAAAUGGUCGCUUGCGUUCCAAUGCGUGGUGAACAUUGGAGUAAGGGGCACAGAACGGAUCAGAACUCGAGUUGUAGAAGCAGGUGCGAUUCAUAUUGUGACACGAGUGUUGGAGAACUUUCUGCGGGCCGUAGACAAAGCCAGACAACAAAAUCUUAGUCAAAACAAACGGGAUCCGCAGCCUAUCAUUGUGCUGUCGCCCACGACAUCUAGAGGAUACAAUGUCCUUCACCGAUUACCACCGCCUGCCGAUACGAUUGCUCACAUGUUAACGAUGCCACCAUCGUCGGAAUUACCGACGCCUCCACCAACAACAACAACAACCUCUUCUUCUUCUUUACCAGCAUCUUCCAACAAUAACAACAAUAAUCAAUUUCGCAUACCAUCCGCAUCUGCAUCUCUCUCAUAUAACCAUGACAACAGCAACAACAGCACUACCCCGCAUGAUACCACCCACGACCAAAAUAUAGUUAACAACAGCAAUGAUGGUCGAGUCCAUCGCAUUCGGCUUUCAUCGGCAGCCAUGCAUCGACGAUCCACGUUUCCAUACAUCAAGAUCGACUCUGCUCAGCGCAGACGCAAUCGAUUGAUCAGAGUACCGACGAGUCCAGUAUCAGAAUGGCGCGAUCCCAGAACGUCCAACAUUGAUAAUCUCUUUUAUCGCGAAGAAGACAUUCUGUUAUCGCUCCAGCUACUCGCCUACCUGUCAAAAUACCCACACAUCCGCAACGUUUUCCAUUCAGCAUACGAGAUGAACGUCUUUUCGCUUGUUGAACGCUUUUGCCAUUGGCUUCAUGCGUCACCGGUCCAGUACUGGGCUGGCGUGAUCAUGCGCAACGCUUGCCGAAAGGAUGAAACGCAGGGCGGAAUUCGUCGGUGUGCCAAUAUGCAUUGCGGCAAGUGGGAAAAGCAACAGCGCGAAUUUGCGAAAUGCCGAAGAUGCCGCAAAGCGAAAUAUUGUAGCAAGGCUUGUCAAAGUCGGGCUUGGGCCGAAGGUCAUCGUUGGUGGUGCGUCGAACGACCAGAGACGUCUGCAAGUGCAACGAUAGCUGCAACAGCAGCUGCGACGGCUGUAACAACUCCAGCAACAGCAACUACAGCUGCUACUGCUACUACUACUGCUACUACUACCACAGCUACGACAGCAACCAAUCAUACAGUAUCGUCGGUGGUGGCUACUGUUGAUGCUGCAACAAACACACCCGCGCCUGCAACGAUUCAGGAUACCAUCGGUGCAAACCCCCUUGCUGAAACAGGUGCGGCUGAUCACCAGCGACAACAGCAACAUCACCAUCAUCAUCAUCACCACCAUCACCACCACCACCACCACCAGCAACAACAGCAACAACAACAACAGCAGCCACAACCACAACCACAGCAGCAAUCGCCCGCCAUGAUGAACACCACAUCCGGCGUAGUUACCGAGGACGAUACAGUGCAGACAAUGGUGGACGCUGCUACACGAACCAUACUGUAAUAUCUCCUUCUCAUCUCGUAUCGUUCCAACAUAAUAUAUAUAUAUAUAUAUGUCUUCCGUGUAAUUCAUUUUAUGGCUUUCUCUUCACCCUAUUUCUCUCUUUUUGCUCGUUUUCAUAUGCGUAUUAAAUACUCCACACAAUCACUUCCACAUACAUACACAUUUUCUCUAUUUAAUAACUCUCUCUUUCCCAGCAUUGUUACUAUGUAUUUUGUUUCUUCCUGACCUGCUUUUCUUCUGCCACCCACUCCACACAUAACAAUCGUAUAACCGACAAGAGCAGAUACCUCGCUAAUUAAAAAAUGCUAUUUCGAUUGAAUUUGGUUAUCUGGAGGGAACAGGUAUGGGCUGACGCGUGUAUUGUAUACUGGUUCUCG